AUGGUAUGCCUGGCCGCCCUGCGGACCGUGCUGUCGGAGCCGCCGUCGGAGCCGCCGGAGCCGCCGCCGCCCUCGGAGGACCAGCUGGAAGCUGUACGGCGUGUGAUGGUGACCGUCGACCGACUGCGCCGCGAGGGCGAGGCGGCCGCCGGCCGGCUGGACGCGCUGACGGCGCUGCUGGACACGCUGCGGCACGACGUCCGGCACCUGCGCGGUGCUCUCCUCGCCGUGCAGGAGGGCGUGGGCUCGUCACGCGCCUGCUGCAACCGGACGGCGUCGGACUGCGACGGCCAGCUGGCCGGCCGGUUACGUGGUCUGCAUCGCCGGCUCGACCAGCGGCUGCAGCUGCACGCCGCCGGGCUGAGGCACAACCUGUCGUGCGGGGCGGCGGCUCUGGCGGGCGGCGUCAGCCGGCAGCAAGCGGUCAGCAUCGCACAGCAGCAGCUGGCGCUGUACGACGCCGACAAGACGGGACAGUUCGACUUCGCGCUGGAGUCGGCAGGUGGCAGCAUCGUCAGCACCAAGUGCACCGAGGCGUACGGCGCGCGGGCGGCGCAGCUGACGGUGCUGGGCGUCCCGGUUUGGUACCCGCAGAACAACCCGCGCUCCGUCAUACAGGCGGGCGGCCGGCCGGGCGAGUGCUUCGCCUUCCACGGCGAGGGCUUGCUUGAGAUCGGCCUGUCGCGUCUGGUGCGGCCCACCGAGUUUGUGCUGGAGCACGUGGCGCGCGAGCUGACGCCCGACGGCAGCGUGCGCUCCGCGCCGCGUCGCUUCGCCGUGCUGGGGGUGACUGGAUUCGCGGAGGAGGCCGUGCCGCUCGGUGAAUUCCAGUACGAGGAGCGGGGUCCGCCGCUGCAGCGUUUCGCCGCGGCGCCCGCCGGCCGCGCCUUCCGCGCCGUUCAGUUGCGCGUCACCUCCAACUGGGGACACCCGCACUACACCUGCCUCUACCGCUUCCGGGUCCACGGACGGCCCGAGCCCGAGCCGCAGCCGUGGUCGGGUGGAGGCGGACGGUAGCCGGAGCCGCAGUUGCAGCCGGAGCCGGUGCCUGAGCCG